ACAACAACAGUUAAAUGGCCUCAAAAUCAGCUCAUCAAACGUCAUCACCAUGGACCAGUCACAAGCCGAUAAAAUUCUCGGUAUGUAUUGGAACUCCAAUCACGAUGUAUUCGAAUUUCAUUUCAGGUUCUACAAGAUAUGUCGUGAGGUUAUCCAAUGCAUACGUGGGCCAACCAAACGAGAAUUGCUUGCCAUAGCCAUGUCUAUUUACGACCCCUUUGGCCUCUUGGCAAAUGUCACUAUUGUCGUUAAGAUUCUUAUCCAAGCUACAUGGAAACUGAAAAUUGACUGGGAUGAGUAUUUGCCACCAGAACUAGAAAAGCAGUGGAUAAUGUGGUGGUCGGCGUUUCAGAGCGUGAAAGAGUUUGUGGUCCCAAGGUGCAUUUCCCCUCGCUACUCAACAGCAGAUGACAUACAGCUACACAUCUUCGUAGAUGCAAGUGACACCGCGUAUGCUGCGGUGGCAUAUCUACGUAUCAAGCAAGGUGAUAGCAUCGACGUAGCGUUUAUAUCUGCAAAGUCAAGGUGUGCUCCCAAAAGAGAAACGUCAGUACCACGAUUAGAAUUGCAAGCUGCUGUGAUGGGUAGCCGCCUGAGAAUCUCACUGGAAGAGUGCUUAGAGCGAGAAGUUCACAGUGCCACAUUUUGGAGCGAUUCCAAAACGGUCCUGCUAUGGAUUCGCUCAACCAAGCGCGAAUUCAAGCAAUUCGUCGCCAAUCGUAUCGCAGAAAUAUUAAGCAGUACGACACCUGCGCAAUGGCGGUGGAUACCAUCUGCAAGCAAUGUGGCAGACGCAGCUACAAAAAUUAAGCCAUCACCAAUAUGCCAAUCCGACUCGAUAUGGGUAAAGGGUCCAGAUUUCCUGUAUUCAGACGAAGACAUGUGGCCGAAAGAACCUCUGCACCUAUAUUCAGAACAUUGUGCCAAAGAAGAGUCCAAGAAAUGUAUGCUAGUUACAGCCAACAAAGCGGUACACAUUAUAGAAGUACACAAAUUUUCGUCGUAUCUAAGACUGUUAAGAGUAACUGCCUGGGUUAAGCGCUUCGUCGGUAACUUGCAAGAUAAGCAGCACCAACGAGGAGAACUCACAGCCGAAGAGCUAAAUAAAGCCGAAAUCUACAUUUGCCGACAAGUUCAACUUGAAGUUUACCAUGAAGAAAUCAGUAUUUUACAAAAUAAGAAAUGUUUGCCGAAGUCAAGCGCACUAUACCAGCUUACGCCAAAGUUGGAUGAUGAUGGCGUCUUACGUAUUAAUGGUAGAAUCGACGCAGCCUAUUGCUUACCAUAUACAGCUCGCCAUCCAAUAAUACUGCCAAGUAGCCAUUACCUUACGACCCUAGUGAUGGAUCACUUCCACAGGAAAAGACAUCAUCAUAACGACCAAUUAACAAUUAACGAAAUGCGACAGCAUUUCUGGAUACCACGGUCCCGUUGCCUCUUAAAAGCAGUUAAAAGAAAAUGUCCUGUAUGUAUUCGCAGUAGCGUUAAGCCAGUUAUGCCGCUGAUGGGUCAAUUGCCUCCCGAUCGCCUCACGCCAUAUGUACGACCGUUUUCAUAUGCGGGUGUUGAUUACUGUGGACCAUUUUUCGUUGCCAUUGGCCGUCGCCGUGAAAAGCGCUGGGUAGCGCUAUUUACAUGUCUUACCACGCGAGCGGUGCACAUUGAGGUCGCUGAAGAUCUGUCAACCGACGCCUUUAUUAUAUGUCUGAGGAAUUUCGUCAACCGCAGGGGUGUACCUGUUCGCCUGAGAAGCGACAAUGGCACAAAUUUUAUUGGGGCGCAGCAUGCACUCGAAAGGGAUCAGCAACUCUUCGAUUUCGAUGUCAUACAACAAGAAACCGCUAAGGAGAGAAUCGAAUGGGUUUUCAACUGCCCGGCUCAUCCAGCAUCAGGAGGAUGCUGGGAACGUCUGGUGCAAUGCGUUAAGCGCAUUCUCCAGAGGGUCCUCAAAGACGAAGCACCACGCCUUGAGACAUUCCGCAGCGUACUUAUAGAGGCGGAAAACAUAAUUAAUAGCCGUCCUUUGACAGAUAUCCCGGUGGCAGUCGACAAUCCUGAGCCAUUGACACCGAAUCACCUUUUACUGGGCUGCUUAAACUCCACACAGACACCAGCGGCAAGCCAGGAAAACAUCUGCUUACGCAAACAAUGGCGCAUAGCGCAAAAUUUAAAAAACCGCUUGUGGAAACGGUGGAUAAAUGAGUAUUUGCCGCAACUGCUCACUCGUCCGAAAUGGCGCGAAGAAGUCCAGCCAUUUAAGGUGGACCAGUUGGUUGUGGUAUGUGACCCGCAACUACCAAGAAGUCAGUGGAAAACGGGUCGUAUUACAGAGGUCUUCACUGCGAAAGACGGGCAGGUGCGAAGUGCAACAGUACAGACGAGCCACGGCCUCCUGCGUAGACCGGCAUGUAAGCUAGCCGCUUUAAAGCUGUGAAUUCCCAAGGAUUCACGGGGAGGUGGAAUGUAACUGCACCAUUAGCAUCUUAACAAAAUACUUCCCUGUGCGUUGCUGAAUAUUAUACUCUCUUUCUUCUCAUCAUUAUUCUUAUUUAUGCCAUUUCAUGCAUUUUUAUCAUUCGCCUUUUAUCCUUAUAUUCAUUCGUUCCUUUAAUCUAUUCGUUGUGAACCAUUCGAUAUAAUUUGAAAGUUCAGUUAAGUACUGGACGCCACCAAAGUGUAACACGCUUACGCGUUAAAUUGUCAGUUAAUAAAGACAAAAAUAUACUUAAUAAAUUUCGUUUUAGUUUAAAUUUGAAAAGCUAAAGUUUCGCCGACAUAAGUUUACACUUUGCGUCCAACCUAGCUAGCCACCAUCAUAGUGAUCGGAGUCUUUUUCGAGAUUCAUACGAAACCGUCGCCUUGUAAACGUCGUGCAUAGCCGCACAAAUCACA